CUGCUACAGAGCUGGGGUUUUAUUUUAUGCAUUUAGCGUACACGGCAGAAUACAAAUAUAAGCGAUCUGCUUUACAGCCGUGCUGAGCGCGCCCAACCCCCUCCUCCACGGAGAUAGUUAAACCAGCGCUAUUUCCAGGGGUUUUUCAGGUUGAGGGGAAAAAGGCCCAUAACCUCUCAAUAUCGGUAAAUACACAAUUUAAAGAGUGUUUCCCUCCUUUCUGCAGAAAACAGGGUCUCUGCUGUCUUGCUUUUCUCAUUUUAUGGAGAGACUGUGCUCUGUGCUGUGCUGGGUUUGGGGUUUAGAGAGACCGAGCUGUAAGUAGGUCGGGCUGGGCUUAAGCGGCUUAGCUACGUCAGCCUAAGCUGGGAGGAAUUCAUCCAAAGCCCUCCGCGGUAGGCGGGGGCCUAAACGAGGCUGGCCUAGUUAAGCCUGAUUCUUAUUGUGUGCAGCACAGCCUGUUUUUUGUUGUGCAACGUAGCCGAGAGGGACCUAAGGAGGAGUGUAUGAAUCCAUGCACAUGUUAGGCAUAGCUUAUGUUUGGGUCAGAGAAGAAGGAAGGUAAACUGAGAAAUAUGUGGGAGUUAAACAAGUGUUAGCUUUGUAACCGUGGACCAAAAAGAAAAAGAAAAAGCCAGAAAUAGGGACAAGAAAAGACAGGUGGGAAGAGUAAGAAGCCAUCGUAUCAAGUGUUGGGGCUGAGGGGUAGCACCCACAGGCCUUACUUGGCCAGUGUGAGUCCGCUAUGCCAUAAGAUGGCGUCCAGCUCCGUCUUUCUGUCCAGUAUGGUGGGCAAAGCUCGCUCCUCCAACUUCACCCUCUCCGAGAAGCUGGACCUGUUGAAGCUAGUCCGCCCUCACAUCCGCAUCCUGGAGGAGCACACCAACAAGCAUGCGGUCAUCGUGGACAAGAACAAAUGCUGGGACACUGUGGCCGAACAGUACAACGCCCUUGGAGGGGACAGACCCCAUCGCACUGCUCAGGGCCUCAGGACCCUCUACAAGAGGCUGAAGGAGUCGGCGAAGCAGGAAGUGAUGCAGCGGAGACACGCCCAGCCAGAGUACAGAGCCAGCAUCUCUGAGCCAACCAGGAGAAUUAUGGAGAUGAUCCCUCACCUGUUUCACCAUGUGCCGAUCCACGAGAAGGACCAGGCUUUGCGCAGAUUAAUAUACAACAAGCACAGCUCUCCAAUUGAACACCCUGGCAGCAGCUCCUCUCUGGCUGGACUCCAGGAUUACUCAGCAGCUGUCCCAAGUAUCCCUCAUGAGGUGGUCCAGCUGGACCCUGAAGAGGAUGUGAAACCACCGCCAGACCUCCCCCUCCUCUCUGCACACACAGGGCCAGGGCUGGACGGAGGCCAGGAGCAGGAUGGAGAGCAGGACGGAGAGCAGGACUUGGGCAGUGUGCACGACUAUGAAUCAUCAUUGUCUCCCACCCCUUCCUCUGUUAACCUCCCUCUCUCUACCUCGCCGCUGCCGCUACGCCACGACCUUUACCCAAAUGACAUCUACCCCCAUCAUGAGCCCGACAGGUUUCGCCCUCUGCACCUGGCCAAAGAGGAGCACGAGAUGGUGCUAGCCAAUCACCGGAAGGUUGCCAUGUAUCUGGAAGAGAAGAGGGAGGGGCUGAAGAGGAAACAGGAACUGGAAGAGGAACUUCUGAAAGCCAAGAUCAAAGUAGAGAAACUAAAGGCUGCUCGUCUAAGACACGGACUGCCAAUUCCUCUAUAACAAGAAAGAACACACACAUCCUUGGCCUCUGCUAGCAACGAAGAGGCUCUGAGGAGUUUUAAGUGUGGAGCAAGAGCUGGGGAGAGGUUUCAUGUUCAUGAGCCGUUUCAGAACUUUAAAUUCCUUUGGAAACAUAGUGCCUCGUACAGACACUUCAUACGUGCCGCUUUGCAUUUAGCAGAUUAAGGCUGAAUCAUGUUGCCACAGUGCGUGUUAAUACUUGUCUGUAAAACUGUCUUUCAUUUUUCACGUAUGGACAUGUAGAAAUAAUGUGUGAGGCCCAAAUAGGUCAAAUAUAUGUGACAAGUCAGGUUUCUGGAAGGGAAUAUAAAUAUAAAUUAAUGUUUUAUACCAUGAUGGUACUAUUCCUGCCCCCAAUAGGUAGUGAGGGGAAUUUUAGCGUAGUGUUAAUAAUAGAUAUUUUUCAGGUUUGAAUUUGUUUCUAACAGCAUUUACUGUGAUGAUGUUCUGAGGCGAGACAAGAAUGAGGGUCUGCUAGGCUUAUAUUGUAGAUUGUGCUCAUUUGUUUAUGUGUAAAGAAAAUUUCCAUUUGAUAGGAAGU